GUUGCUUCGCCACGGAAUUGUGCUCCCUUCCUCUCUCUCUCUCUCUCUCUCUCUCUCCAGUUCCAAGAUCCAAACUUUGACCCCUGCAGAAGUUCCAAAUCUCAUCUUUUUUGAUCCCCAGUCGAAUCCAAAUCCAUCCCACGUCGGAAAGAUCCUGCCUUUAUCAGUGUUACCGGGUCAAAAUCUCACCUUUAUCGGGAAAUUGCUGCCGCGACGACGGCGAUGCUCGGUAGGUAGGCACUCCCGCCGAUGUCGAUCGUCUGCGGCAUCCCCCUCCUCGAGUGCGUCUACUGCCUGGCGUGCGCCCGCUGGGCGUGGAAGCGCUGCCUCCACAGCGCUGGCCACGACAGCGAGACCUGGGGCCUCGCCUCUGCCGACGAGUUCGAGCCCGUGCCCCGCCUCUGCCGCUACAUCCUCGCCAACUACGAGGACGACCUCGACAACCCCCGCCACGCGCUGCCGGGACUGGAGGCCGUGAACCCCCGAUGGGUGGUGCGCAAGAAGUCGUAUCGGGACACUCACCGCCGCGCACCGCCUUACCUGAUCUACCUCGAUCACGAUCAUUGCGACAUAGUCGUCGCAGUGAGAGGCCUAAACUUGGCCAAGGAGAGCGACUACGCCGUCCUGUUGGAUAAUAGCCUGGGGAAGAGGAAGUUCGAUGGAGGGUAUGUGCACAAUGGCCUGCUGAAGGCGGCGGGGUGGGUAUUGGACGCCGAGUGUGAUAUCCUGAGAGAACUGGUGGAGAAGCAUUCAAACUACACGCUUACUUUUGCGGGGCAUUCUCUGGGGUCGGGAGUGGCCGCAAUGUUAGCCAUGGUGGUCGUCCAAAACAGAGACAAGUUGGGAAAUGUGGAGAGGAAGAGGAUUAGGUGCUUUGCGAUUGCGCCCGCAAGGUGUAUGUCGUUAAACCUGGCUGUCAGAUAUGCAGAUAUAAUUAACUCUGUUGUACUUCAGGAUGAUUUCUUACCUAGAACAGCUACUCCAUUGGAAGACAUUUUCAAGUCUCUCUUCUGCUUGCCUUGUCUGCUAUGCCUAAGAUGCAUGAGGGACACAUGUAUUCCUGAAGACGUGAAGUUAAGAGAUCCAAGAAGGCUUUAUGCACCUGGUCGGCUUUAUCACAUUGUUGAAAGAAAACCAUUCAGGUUUGGAAGAUAUCCACCAGUUGUUCGAACAGCAGUACCAGUCGAUGGGAGAUUCGAGCAUAUCGUUCUUUCCUGCAAUGCCACAUCUGAUCAUGCUAUAAUUUGGAUAGAGAAAGAAGCGCAGAGGGCCUUAGAUAUGAUAUUUCAUAAGGAACAGACCAUGGAGAUUCCAGCAAAGCAGAGGAUGGAGAGGCAGGAAACACUAGCCAAAGAACACAGAGAGGAGCACAAGGCAGCCCUAAGAAGGGCCGUUACAUUGUCUGUUCCAGACGCCUUUUCGCCAACAGCCUAUGGCACAUUUGAUGAGAAAACUAGUGAGGCGGAAGAUGAUGAUUCGCAGGCCUCCUCUACCAGGAGCCGGCAAAGGAUGAGUUGGAAUGAGCUGAUCGAGCGAAUUUUUGAGAAGGAUGAAUCCGGACACAUGGUGCUUCGCAAAUCGACAUCAAACGGUUGAUACUUCUUUUUGUCAACACAAGGUUGGCAUUUGCCAGUUGUUCAUGUGCUCAACAACUUUUGGACAUCUUUGUUUCUCUUUUUCUUUGCUGUCAAUAAGUCAUCUAUUUUUCAUAUUCUUGAUGCAUGUAUGAGUGAGUAAAAGAAGAUAAAAGAUGAUGUCUCAAGCUUUCUGUUGGUUCAAUAUUAUUUCAGUUGAUGUGUAAUAACAUUGAUGCUUAAUGCAACUCAUCUUCCGACUA